GACAACCCGCGCCAGCCACCGGGGCCUUGGAGAAGCCGGACUUCAUUAGCACCAUGCAGUGGAUAAGGGGUGGAUCGGGAAUGCUGAUCACUGGAGAUUCCAUCGUUAGUGCUGAGGCAGUAUGGGAUCACGUCACCAUGGCCAACCGGGAGUUGGCAUUUAAGGCUGGCGACGUCAUCAAAGUCUUGGAUGCUUCCAACAAGGAUUGGUGGUGGGGCCAGAUCGACGAUGAGGAGGGAUGGUUUCCUGCCAGCUUUGUGAGGCUCUGGGUGAACCAGGAGGAUGGGGUGGAGGAAGGGCCCAGUGACGUUCAGAAUGGGCACCUGGAUCCCAACUCAGACUGCCUUUGUCUGGGCCGGCCACUCCAAAACCGGGACCAGAUGCGAGCCAACGUCAUCAAUGAGAUCAUGAGCACCGAGCGUCAUUAUAUCAAGCACCUAAAGGACAUUUGUGAGGGCUACCUGAAGCAAUGCCGGAAGAGAAGGGACAUGUUCAAUGAUGAGCAACUGAAGGUGAUCUUUGGGAACAUUGAAGACAUCUACAGGUUUCAGAUGGGCUUCGUAAGAGACCUGGAGAAACAGUACAACAAUGAUGACCCCCACCUCAGCGAGAUAGGACCCUGCUUCCUGGAGCACGACCUGAUCCGGAGAGACAUCCUAUACUACAAAGGCCGCAUUGAUAUGGAUAAAUAUGAGGUAGUUGACAUUGAAGAUGGCAGAGAUGAUGACUUUAAUGUCAGCAUGAAAAACGCCUUCAAGCUUCAUAACAAGGAAACUGAGGAGAUACACCUAUUCUUUGCCAAGAAGUUGGAGGAGAAGAUACGCUGGCUCAGGGCUUUCAGAGAAGAGAGGAAAAUGGUACAGGAAGAUGAAAAAAUCGGCUUUGAAAUUUCUGAAAAUCAGAAGAGGCAGGCUGCAAUGACUGUGAGAAAAGUCCCGAAACAAAAAGGUGUCACCUCUGCUCGCUCAGUUCCUCCUUCCUACCCACCACCGCAGGACCCGUUAAACCAGGGCCAGUACCUGGUCCCUGAUGGCAUCGCUCAGUCGCAGGUCUUUGAGUUCACCGAACCCAAGCGCAGCCAGUCACCAUUCUGGCAAAACUUCAGCAGGUUAACCCCCUUCAAAAAAUAAUACCAACAGGGAGGCAGAUAAUUUUAAAAUAAAGUAAAUAAAAUUAUAUUUAUAGAUGGACCUUUUUUCGGAGAAGCACUGUUGAAAUUUAUAUAUAUAUAUAUACACAUAUACACACACACACGCAUACACACACACAUACACCCACGCACACAGGAC